CACCCCUACCAUAUCCUCUCCUAUAUAGAACUAAACUCACACUAGUUUUCUCAUCUCUCUCUCCCCUGAGUCUCUCUGUACUCUCUCUCUCUCUUUCAAUGGCGGAUAGUGGUUCAGCGCCGGCCAAGAGAAUGUGUGUAGUGCCAGAACGGGCCAAGCUGCACAUGGCCAUGCUGGCCUUGCAGUUUGGCUACGCUGGUUUUCAUGUGGUGUCAAGAGCAGCCCUUAAUAUGGGUAUAAGCAAGAUUGUUUUCCCUGUCUACAGGAACAUCAUAGCUUUACUUCUGCUCGUUCCCUUUGCUUACUUCCUAGAGAAGAGGCCACCGAUUUCAGCUUCUUUUCUUAUUCAGUUCUUUCUCCUUGCUCUUGUUGGAAUAACAGCAAAUCAAGGAUUCUACUUGUUGGGCUUAGACAACACUUCACCUACCUUUGCUUCUGCUAUACAAAACUCUGUGCCUGCAAUAACCUUUCUCAUGGCUGCCAUACUCAGGAUAGAGCACGUAAGGUUAACUAGAAGAGAUGGCAUAGCAAAGGUGGUGGGAACUUUGUCAUGUGUGGCCGGAGCUACGGUCAUAACACUCUACAAGGGCCCAACUAUUUUUGAUCCGGCACCUCCACCGCACUUACACACACAUCAUCUAUUUCAAUCCUUGGGAGAUGCUAAGGGGAAGAACUGGACCUUGGGUUGUAUCUACCUCAUAGGCCACUGUCUCUCUUGGUCUGGUUGGCUAGUCUUGCAAGCUCCUGUGCUUAAGAAGUACCCUGCAAGGCUUUCAGUUACCUCCUAUACAUGCUUCUUUGGAGUGUUACAGUUUCUAGCCAUUGCUGCAUUUGUGGAGAGGAACUCCCAAGCUUGGCUUGUUCACUCCGGCGCCGAGCUCUUUAGUGUUUUCUAUGCCGGAGUGGUGGCAUCAGGAAUUGCAUUCGCUGUUCAGAUAUGGUGUAUUGACAGGGGUGGCCCAGUGUUUGUGGCAGUGUAUCAACCAGUGCAGACCUUGGUUGUCGCUAUCAUGGCUUCCAUUACUUUGGGGGAGCAGUUCUACUUGGGCGGGAUCAUCGGUGCGGUGCUGAUUAUCAUCGGAUUGUAUCUGGUUCUAUGGGGGAAAAGCGAGGAAAGAAGGUUCGCGAAGGAGACAGCUGCGAACGCUAUCUCAUCAUCUCCUAAUGCUGAGCAUCCUCAUGGAAUCAUCAACAAUAGGGCAGCAGCAAGCCAUGUCAAGUCCUCCUCACUUGUCCAGCCACUUCUCUCUUCUACUACUGAUCAAAAUGUUUGAUUUCCAACUCCCACUGGGAUAUGGAAAAAAAGACCCCAAAAUUUUAAAAGCUAUAGUGUUUGGAUCUCUAAAAACUAAGUUUGGUUAUAUUUUAAGUUGUUAUACUUUUUUUUUUUAGAAAGUGAGGAGAAAAGCUUUGUGUGCAUUUAUCAAGUUAUGAAGUUGUUCUACUUAUCUUCUUUUUAAAUAUUGGAUUGAUCAUCUGGUUCAA